AUGGCCAUCUUCAAGCCCAAAGAUCAGGGACUAGAUCCUGAUUUCAAGGUGGAUACCAAGGUUGACCACAUCUAUUUUCAUGACUUCUGAGACUCAUGGGACAUUCUCUUCUCCCAUCCCUGAGAUUUUAUUCCAGUGUGCAAAGCAGAUCUGGUUUGAGCUUCAGAGCUGGUCCCAGAAUUUGCCAAAAAUGUUAAGAUGAUUGCCCUUUCUAUUGACUCUGUCCAAGAUAAUUUUUUUCAGGAGAAGGAUAUUCAUGUAUACAGUGGAAAUGAGUCCACAGAGAAGCAAUAUUUCCUCAUCAUUGGUGAUCACAAAUGGGACUUAACCAUCAAGUUAGGCAUGCUAGACUAAGAUGAACAGAAUAACUAGAGCAUGCCUGGCAUACCAACUCCUUUGGUAUUUAUUUUUGUCCAUUCUCUCCCAGUAACAAUUGGUGGGAACUUUGAUGAAAUCUUCUGAGUGGUUGAUUCCCUUCAAAUGACAGCAUACAAAAACAUUGCUACUCUUGUUAAUUGAAAAUGCGGAGAAGGUUUCAUGGUUAUUCCAAGAGAAUGA